CCAAACUGAGAUCCAUCUUCCAGUUUGUGUGGUCCUUUUCAGCAUCUUCAUCAUCAGCAUCGUUUUCAUCUGGAUGAUGUUCUUCAUAUUGCAGUAUAAGGACCAUCAGCAUAAGAGCAUCAGAAGAACUUAAGUCAUUCUCUCACUAGAAUAUACUGUCUUUCAUUUUUUUUUACUGUAUGCUUUAAUGCAUAUGUUAAAUACAUAACUCAUGUGGUAUGAUGUAUAAUAAACCGCAAAUAUGCUUACUUCUUUGUUGUCUGUGUAAUUAGCAUCACUAAACAAAAAAUAUUUAGAUAUUUUGAUUUUGAUUUUUUUUAAAUAUAUGAAAUGAAAGCUGAAUGUGUCAUAUGACUUGGUUCUGUACAUACAUAAUGUUCAUUAGGGUUGCUCUCCCUCAUUCGCCCUUAAAAGAAUAGUCCACUCAGAAAAUGUAACAUCAUUUAUCAGAUUGUGGGUGGAUCUAUGGACAGGAAGUUCAUUACUCAAAAUGUGGGUAUUUGUGUACCAGUGUCACACACCAAGUACAGCUCUUUAAGUGUUCAGUCGACAUGUUUUUAGUACGGAUUACAAACUGCCUUUUAUUUUUUACUUUAACUUAUUUCCCAAAUACAGAUGCAGAGAAUGAUUUCAGAGCAGUUGAAGGAGAAACUGUCAGUCUGCCGUGCCACUCACCCCCUAAUGACAAUGUACAAGUUUCUGUAGUGUGGACAAAACACAAUGCAAGCAGCACAAGUAUUUGUAAAUGGUUUAUUUCUAACAAUGUUGGAUCUAUCACUGGAAACUGUGUUCCUCGUUUCAAACUCAACAAGAAGUCUUUUACACUAAGUAUAGAAUAUGUUCAGCUCAGUGACUCGGGUACUUACAGCUGUAAAAUAACAAGAGUUAUUCCACCACCAUCAACAGACUAUAGCACAAAUGUGACACUCCAAGUUGCAGCUCGUCCACAUCUGUCUCUGCUGACACUGAACAGCAGUAAUGACAGCUGUAUCCAUCUGCUCUGCUCUAUGGAGGGUCUGACGUCUGAGCUGGUGAACUUCACCUGGAGCAGAGACGGUCAUGGGUCACUUCAUCCAUUCACAUCUAAUGCCACGAACAGUGAGCUGCGUCUGUGUAAACCUGACUGGAGUGAUGGAGACACAAUCACCUGUUACGCCAGCUACUCGAGCACACGAACCCAAAGAAGCAUACAACUCACUUCACAGAAAGAAUUCGAACAGAACUUUCCAGUUGUUUCCGUGGCCAUUUUCAGCUCCUUCUUCAUCUGCAUUGCUUUCAUCUGGAUACUGUUCUGCAUAUCCAAACAUAAGACCUCCAACUGAUCUGCGUGUGAUUUGUGUAGAUUCCCUAGUCCAGUUUUAAUUUGGUUUGACCGUGAAAUAAAUUAAGUGUCUGUAAAAGACUUGUGUCAUCCUGCAGAGUCUGACCUGCUGCCCUGGACCACCAGCAUGAGAGCUUUAGAAGAGGAAACACGCUGUAAUAGGUUUAAAAAAUAUAUUUUUAUUAUACUUUGGACUACGCUUUCUUGAAAAUGGCUGUUUAUUUGUUUGUUUAGCAGAACUUUAAUGUA